AUGCGCUGUGUCAAUUGGAGUGGACUGGAGCAAAUGGUCCUCGAGCGCAACAAAAGGCAACGGCCGACCACCCAAGCCGUCGGCAGAAUCAUGCCUCAUCCUGACCGCCUGCCGGUAUUGGUUCCUGGUUCCUCAGAUGGUGUCCACCGUCCCACCCGAGGUAUUCUAGGGAUUAGGGAUUAUUGGGUUGGUACCAUCGAUGGUGUUUACAGAGGAGACGUGGUGGCACAAUCACAUGGGAAGUGGGAUUUCAUUGCUCCGCUCAUCACGUCACUGCCAUGGCCCAGAUACAAAAAUCUCAACAAAGCCCUGCCUGGCCGAGUUUGGUUCUCUUCGUCAAUUCCAAUCGCUAUGGCGGCCUCCCAAUCGUCUAUCCUCGCCCUAAUCAGGCACCCGUUCGUCCAGACCUUUACCUGGCUCUAUCUCAUUCUCCAAGCGGUGCUCAGGUAUAUCUUUUCGCCGGUCCCUCCUCCCCCGACCACAAACACCGCAAACAUUCCCCGAAAGAGGGUCGCUGUGAUCGGCGCCGGCCUGACAGGUGUUUCAUCGGCGGCUCAUUGCGUGGGGUAUGGAUUCGAUGUGCAGAUCUUUGAGUCGAGACCCCAAGAUGCAGGCCUGGGGGGUAUCUGGAGUCGAGUCAAUUCCACCUCCGCCCUCCAGGUGCACAGCUUGAUGUACCGAUUCCAUCCCUCGGUCCACUAUGACAGUGCCUAUCCCAGCCAGAAACAGAUCCGUGAGCAGAUCGUCGAGCUUUGGAAACGUUACGAUCUCGAGAGACGCACGGUGUUUGACACGCGGGUGACCUCGGUCAAGAAAACCCAUAAUGGCCAAUGGAUCAUCAACAAUGACGAAGAGCAAUACGGUCGAUUCGAUGGCGUGGUCGCAGCUGUCGGUGUCUGUGGAGACCCGCAAAUGCCGACCCUGCCCGACCAAGAGAAGUUCAAGGGCCAGAUUUACCACUCGUCUAAUCUGGACGGCAAAGACGCCAAGGGCAAGAAAAUCGUGAUUGUGGGUGGCGGUGCCAGUGCGAUCGAGGCUCUAGAGUUCGCGGUCAAAUCGGGAGCCGCAGAGAUUGAUGUCCUGUCGCGCUCCGACAAAUGGAUCAUCCCCCGAAAUGUGCUGGUUCAAUCCUUGCUGGCCGUUAAUAUCUUCGGCAUGGAAACCUCGUUUUCAUGGAUCCCCGAGUGGCUCCUACGCAAAUUCUUCUAUCGCGAUCUUCAGGAUAUUGCUCCCACCGAUGAUGGAAUCUUUACCCAAACCCCCAUGGCCAACUCGGAGCUGUUCAAUCAAAUCCGUGAGGGUAAGGCGCACUGGUUUCGAGGUGAUAUUGUUUCCAUGGAGGAGAGGGGUGUGCUCUUCAAUCACAGAGCCCAGGGAGUACCAAAGGGAGGCCCCGGCAGGGAGCGCCUCGUCGAGAGCGACAUCGUCGUCAUGGCAACUGGGUUUAAACGACCUUCGCUGUCUUUUCUGCCGGAAGAGGUUUUCGAAGAGCCAUACGGUCCCCCUAAUUGGUACCUGCAAGUCUUCCCACCCAAGUAUCCAGACAUCUGCGCGAACAACAGCACGUACAUCAACGCUAUCGGUACGGUGGGGAACAUGCACAUCGGCAUCUAUACGCGAUUUCUGAUCAUGUUUAUGACCGACCCAUUGACUCGCCCGACUGAGCAGUGGAUGAAAACCUGGAUUGAUUUUACGCGGUUCAUGAAGCGAUUGGCGCCUACGGGGGCCUUUGACUUUUUCACAUAUGCCGAGCUCAUUUACUGGUACAUCUUCGUCCUGAUCAUCAACCCAUUCCGGUGGAAGUGGGCCCUGUUCGUGUUCUUCGGUCUUGGACGGACCUUGCCUUUGACGGUGGUGGGACAAGAGAACCAAUUUCGCAAGGAAUUGCGCAAGCAGCGCAACGCUGGCAAGACUCAGUAA